AUGUCGCUUCCACAGACUCCUGAAAGUUUCGAGGAUAUGUCACGCCCCACUUCGCCAAUUCUUACAGACGAAUUAAUGAACUUGAAAGCAGUGAAAAAUGGAAAUGGGAAGAACAAAAAGCUGAAAGCAACACUCACAUCAAGCUCAUCUGUCAAGAAGAUGGCCAGAGACCCCAACUUGCCUAAGAAACCGUUGAAUGCUUAUUGGAUUUUUUUUGAGAAAGAGAAAGAAAGAGUAAAAGCGGAACUAGAGGCUGGUAAGUCCGAAAAGCCAGCUUUGGAUGUUUCAAAAACUUUGACUGAAAGGUGGAAGAGUAUGAGCGAUGAACAGAAAAGUCCAUAUCAAAAGUUGUAUGAGGAAGAUCGUUUACGGUAUCAAACAGAAAUGACUAUAUUCAAUCAAAAUAAAGAUGGUGAGAACAGUACUACUAUUUCACAACAGAACAACAGAGAGCCUGAUGCAUCAGAAGAGGACGAGAAUACCUCAGUCAUGAGAGAACCGCUUGAGAGCGAGCAUGUUAAGAGACAAAAGCUCGAUUCAUCACCUGCUGUUGACGAUGCUGGGAGUUUGAAAGAGGACGAGGACUAA